UUCUUAUAUUAUUGACAUUGCGUUUCCAUUGAGUGAUUUCGAUAGUGUUUAUGAGGAUUAUUAAGUUGAAUAUCUGCUCAUAAGAGUAGAUGAACUUGGAAGGUGCAUUCGUGCCGGCGAGAUAUCAUGGCGUUUGCGGAAUAAAAGGUAUCCGGUAACCGACCAGGUAACAGAGUUCGUUCAAACUCUGGUCUCGCGAGCAGUGUGCGUCACCACAGCACUCUGGAUAUAUAAUCUUCAGCUCCCUUAUCGAGGUCUCUGGAGGUGAGCCACGAGGGGAAGAACAGCAGAACAGGAGGAAAAUAGAACAAGGGGAGGACAGGAGAACAGGAGACCAGAGGAACAAACGUAGAACGACAGAACAGGAGAAAGAACAGGGAGAACAGAAGAACCGGUUCUCGGAGAGGGAGACCAACAGGAAGAAGAAGGAAUAACCCCCGGGUGAACCGAAGAACCAGAGGAGAACAGAACCGCCACCAUGAAGAACUGCUGGUCGCCCUGGUUCUACUACGACAACGUCAAGAGCGGCAGCAAGGCGUGCGCCGCCACCACCAUCUUCUUCAGCGUCUUCUCCAUCAUCUACAUCUGCUACUGCCUCGACGAAGGGGACUCCUCGCAGUUCUUCCUGCCGCUGUUCGAAACCGACGUCGAUACCACCAUGAAAAGCGCGGGCGGCUUCAUGAUCUUCUUCUACCUGCUGUACAUCGCCUUCUCCAUCCUCAUGAUCCGGGGAGUCGCCAAGGAUCACCGAGGCAUGAUCCUGCCGUGGCUGAGCCAGAACCUCAUCUACAUCCUCAUGAUCAUUGCUUUCGCCCUGUGGCUCCAGGCGUCCUAUUAUCAUUACCUGAUGUCGGUCUUGUGGACGCUGAUCUACUUACUCUUCGCAGCUGCUCAUGUGUACAUGCACAGGUGUGUCAAGAGCCAGUAUGACAUCAUCAAGGGCAUGCAAGCACCCAACAUCGUGCAGUUAGUGUGAGUGAGGACGUACGGAUGACGAUGUGACCAGCCGCUGAGAAUUUCGUCUCCGGGGCUCUGGUGGGCCCCCGGAGGAACUUCUGUAAGAACAAAAUAACACAAGAACGAGAGAACAGAUUCGCCCGGCAGAUUUAUCGUCUUUGGGGAUUUCUUCCAGACCGAUUAUGCGUUGUUUUCGGUGUUGUGUGUGUGUGUGUGUGUGUGUGUGUGUGUGUGUGUGUGUGUGUGUGUGUGUGUGUGUGUGUGUGUGUGUGUGUGUGUGUGUGAGAGAGAGAGAGAGAGAGAGAGAGAGAGAGAGAGAGAGAGAGAGAGAGAGAGAGAGAGAAGGGGGGGUCGCACUUGUUAAAUCAAAUGAAGUGCUUAUGUUGUGAAGCGGCUGUUGUGAGAAUCUUACAUUCAAGACGAAAGUAAGUGUAUAAUUAAAAGACACGAAGAGAUAAGAACUCAUUAUGUUUUUUGAAAACAAAUAAAGGAAUAAGUAGAGACCAAAUAAGAGUUGAAAUAUAAAAGGGUCCUGUGACAUCCGUGACAACAAGCAGCAGGUCUUGCCGUCUUCAGGGUCCCGGAAUAGCUUUACCGAUGACCAGAUUACGCACAGCCUAAAGCGGCAUCUGGAGGAGGCCACGAUAACCUCACGGGAGUAAACAGAAUCGUCGCAAAAUAGAUACAAUAGACGAGAAAAGGAAAAAACGAAGCCUGCCAAAAUUCAAAAAACAGCUGUGUGUACGCCAACUUGCAAUAUUUCUUGCUUUUGGGAUAUUGUGAUGUGGUUAUGACGUGGUGUGAAGGGGGUACACAUGCAAUAAAGAGGGAGGGAGGUGUACCGUUUUAUUUUUUUCUCUUUUGACAGCUUCGGUAGUAUGUCCCGUCCAAGCUAUUGUUUAUUUUUUCAUUAAUUAUUAAUUUGCUACUUGUCUGUGUCUUGAAUAUCUUCAAUAGAAUCUCUUUUGACAUUUCGGUAGCAUGUCCCGUCCAAGCUAUUGUUUAUAUUUUUCAUUUCUUAUUCAUUUGCUACUUGUCUGUCUUGAAUAACUUCAAUAGAAUCUCAGGCUAAUUCUAACUUGUCGUCUUUCAGAAAUAAAUAUUCAGAAGAGACUACUUACACUGAAUGUCUACAGGUGAUAGAAAACAGAUUCCGUCCUCAAGAAGUACAUUUUGCAAAGCUCAGCCAAGAUGCCAAACGUCGAUAGCUCAACAUAUGUUUUCUUUUUUCUCUCUUUCACUUUUUAACGAUGCAUUUCGACCGUUUCUAGAAUGUUCCAGGUCGCCGACUUGGGGCCACCGAAGACAUUCUGCGAAACGCUUCUCUGUUGAUGUUGUGAGAUAGAAAGGUCAUUGUCCUAUUGUGUAUUUUACGGCCAUUUGCUUAAACAAUAUGUGGAUUUCAUAAACAGAGUUCAUACCUCAUCGCUUGCACAAGUAUGAUUCCCUAUUCGUGCAAUAAACAGCUGUGGGAAUCGCAUUGUGUAGUUGGCGAUCUCUGCGGGCGCUAAUUGUUCCAUAUUUACAGAACAAAAUGUGAUGUGGCGGUCCAUAGUAGUUUUAAAUACAAAAUGGGGAAUGUACAGUAAAUAUUACCGUUUUGUACAAAAUAUACCAAUAUUGUGUUGUGAUGUUAGAUUGUGGUUUUACAUGGAUUAUGUUUUUUGUGUUUUUACAUGGAUUAUGUGUUUUUUUUUCUGUAUAAUUUCUCCCAGGAAAUUUAAAGACAUCAAGAUCUGCAGCAUGACGUGCAUUUCUUUCAUGUCAAGAAUAUUAAUUCAUGAAAUGAGCAUGUUUCAAAACAUGGUAAUACGUGAAAUUGAUUAAUAUAAUUUUUUAAAGAAAUAUUAGGAAACGCAGCCGUGAAUGCGUAGCGAUGCACCAAUUACUGGGAAAAUACAUUUUUAGGGCAGAUUUACAUUGCUGUGAAACAUGGGUAUUCAUUUGUAGGUCGCAUACAUCUGGCAACCGGGUCAUCCUAGUUCAGAGGACCAAAAGAUAUGGUUAGGAUGGAACACGGAAUGAAAUAACUAAUACAAACUAUACUACUAUAGGAAUCUUCAUCAAGCUAUAUCCAUUUUCAGCAAUAAAGGGAGCACUAUAGCAAUUCACAUAUGCCAAUUUUGACCUUUCUUAAUCGGUAGGCUCACCCAUCGAAUUGUGUAAUGCACAGGUGGACACGAAAUCUGUGACGCCAGAAAUUUUAUCUAAACCAAAGUGAUUUUUGCAAAAUUAUGUCACAUACUUUGUUCAAGCAAAUGGCCGUUAGAACCGCACUGUUCAAUUACAUAUUUAGGAUCGUAUUUGUAGUGUGUUAUUUUUAUAUAUAAAUUGACGAUAGGAAAUUCGACGUUAGAAUGAUAAAAUAUUACGUAUCUUAACACGUAGACAUUUUAUUCUUCCCUUCUUGUUUACGAGUGACUGUCCUCUAUGAUACAUUUGGAGAAUAAAAUGCUAUAUCAUAUGCUGUGAUUUAUAAGAUUUUACAAUUUAUGACUACAAUUGGCCAAAUGCAUUAAACAAAAACUCACCUCUGGCCUUAUUUUAUUCAGUUAUUUUCGUUCUGUUCCGUCCACAACGUUCAUUAAAUAGCAUUCUAGGAUAAUUCGUAUUUCAAACACAUGAUUUCAGAGUUUUAGCAAAUAGUGAACGAAUGUAAAGAAUUUCCUGUCUUAUUUUUACAAUGUAAUUAACGAGAUAUGAAAGGAUUAUUUCUCGCAUUUCUAAUAAAACUAAUUCAGUUUUUUUCCUUCUAUUGUUACACUGGUAUGUUGUCUAUAUUUUACUUGUAUUAUAUGAUAUUUAGAAACGUACAAAUGGCCUAUCAAUGAUGUUAAGAUGCCGUCCAAAGAAUUGUACACAAAUGUCUAGGAAGAAAAUAUAGUCUUAUACAUGACUAA